AUGUCCCUCGGCAUCGUGCUGGGCAUGAUGCCGUCCAAGUACUUCAUCUACCACCCGUUUUUCAUACUUAGAUUCCCGCCCCAGAUAUGGCGUUUCGCGACGUCCUUUUUAAUCACGGGCUCAGGCUUAGGCCUUGUCUUUGACACCUACUUCUUGUAUUCGUACCUCAGCCAAAUGGAGGUUGGCAAUCCUCGGUUCCCACGAAAGGAAGACCUGAUUUGGUACCUUAUAUUCGUCUGUGGGACGAUUUUGGUAGCAAAUCACUUUGUCGGCUUCGGGUUCAUGAUGUUCCUGCCGGCUCUUAUUCUGGCUCUAAGCUAUACUGUGACGCAGGACCAGCGCGGAGCCAAGGUCAGCUACAUGUUUGUUACCAUGCCCGCCCAGAUGAUGCCGUAUGCCAUGCUUGCCAUCAACCUCCUGUUCCCUGGCGGCGUUGAGAACAUGAUACUCCAGUUUCAUGGCCUGUUUGCCGGUCAUCUCUUCGACUUUCUGUCAAGGACGUGGCCGCAGUACGGCGGUGGGAGAAACCUCAUUCCCACACCUGCCAUCCUAUCCAGGAUUGUGCAGUCGACCGAGUCGUUAUUUCAAGCGGGCGUUGGAGGUCCUGCCCGACCUGCUGGCAGGACUCUUGGCGGAGGCACUGGCGCCAAUACUUCAAGUGGACCGUUGCCGGACUCUUGGCGAACGCGUGGUCCAGGGCAGCGACUGGGGUAG